UGCUCCGGCGCCUUCGACCUCUACUUCGUGCUGGACAAGUCUGGAAGCGUCAAACACCACUGGGUAGAAAUCUAUUCCUUUGUGGAGAGCCUGGCAGAAAAGUUCCUGAGCCCAAUGUUACGGAUGUCUUUCAUUGUCUUUUCCUCGCGAGGAGUGACGGUGAUGAAGUUGACGGAAGACAGGGAAGCCAUCCGACGGGGCCUGGCCAUUCUUCGGCGAGAGAUGCCCGGAGGAGACACGUUCAUGCAUGAAGGCUUGAAAAGGGCAAAUGAACAGAUUUACCAAGAAAAUCAUGGAGGGCUCCGAACGGCAAGCGUCAUCAUCGCCCUGACGGACGGGGAACUGCAAGAGGCUCAGUUUUAUUAUGCGGAGAAAGAAGCUGACAGAGCCCGGGCCCUCGGAGCGAUUGUGUACUGUGUCGGCGUGAAGGACUUCAACGAGACCCAGCUCUCAACCAUUGCCGACAGCAUCGAUCACGUUUUCCCUGUGAUGGGAGGUUUUUAUGCUCUCAGAGGAACCAUUGAUUCUAUCCUGAAGAAAUCUUGUAUUGAGAUUCUGGCAGUGGAGCCGUCAAGCAUCUGUGCAGGAGAAUCCUACCAAGUGGUGGUGAAAGGCAACGGCUUUUACCAUGCCAGGAAUCCCGAACAAGUACUCUGCAGCUUCAAGAUCAACAGUACAGUGACGCUCAAUGAAAAGCCGACCGUUGUUCAAGACACGUACUUACUGUGCCCUGCUCCCGUGAUAGAAGACGUUGGACAGGUGGUUUACCUGCAAGUCAGCAUGAACAGCGGCCUGACGUUUGUCAGCAGUUCCGUCAGCAUCACCAGCACCCGCUGUUUCAGUGGGACGGUUCUCUUCAUCGCCCUGUUAAUUCUCUUCCUGCUCCUGACCUUCGCGCUUCUCUGGUGGUUCUGGCCUCUCUGCUGUACCGUGGUCAUCAAGGAGCCCCCGCCUCCGCCACCCCCAGAGCCGGAGUCAGAUGACGAAGACGGGUUGCCAAAGAAAAAAUGGCCGACGGUGGAUGCCUCUUAUUAUGGGGGAAGAGGUGUUGGGGGCAUCAAGAGAAUGGAGGUGAGGUGGGGGGACAGAGGAUCGACGGAGGAAGGGGCGAAACUGGAGAAGCCCAAAAACGCUGUCAUCAAGUUGCCGGAACACGAAUUCGAGCCGUGGGAGCCCAAGCCAAAGAGACCUCAUGUGCCGAAGUCGCCCACCCAGAGGAGAUGGUACACCCCCAUUAAGGGCAAGCUGGAUGCCUUGUGGGCCCUGGUUCGGCGGGGUUACGAUCAAGUCUCCCUCAUGAGGCCACAGCCCGGGGAUACGGGACGAUGCAUGAAUUUCACCCGGGUGAAAUCAGACGGGACGGUUGUUUCCUACAGUCCUUCCCACAAGCUGCCGAAGCCCCACCCCGUCUACAGGGCUGCCCAGAACCCAUCUUCUCCGGGACCAACACAACCUGCUCCCUGCAGGCAGCUUCCUCCGGGGCCUCCCCCAUCAAGACAACCCCCGGGGCCACCUCCAUCCCGCCCUCCACCACAACUUCUGGUCCCGAACAUGUGA